AUGGAGGUGCACUCGAGCACGACUACAAUGCCGAGACUGAUGAAGCGGUUGCGGGAGCAGCGGUGGCUCCAGUGCGUGCAGCACCAGCUGCCAGGACUACGAAACAACGUCGACGAGUUGAGCAAGUGCGAGUACGAGGCAGCGACCGGACAAAGACACGGCGGAUACGGUGACGGCGGGCGACACAAGACGGCCUUCGGACUCGAUCAGGGCAGCACGAUAAUGAGCUGCUCGGGAGCGGUCCAAGAGGUGUCGACGGCGGCCGGAGGGAAGACCGAGCCGAUCGCUUUGGAAGCACUUAAACACGAGCAGUACCGGCCGUUCGAUUCGGGCAUCUCGAUCUUCUUCCUGAGGAAGAUCCCGGACGCCAUUGUUGAUGAGACCAAGGCGGACGUCUGCCGCAACGCGAAGCAGGAGGAUGCUACCGUGCUGCGCAACAGCAUGGACGACGCCGUACGCGGCGCGCUCUGCACCAACAAGUUCGUGCGCGAGCGCUGCGCUCUGUCGCUCCGUAUGAACCCCCAAAGGCAAUAG